AUGGAUAUCUUCCCUAUCCUUCUAGUAAUUAUAGUCUCUACAUUUUCAUCAAUCCAGGCAGGUGCCCAAACCAACUCCAAGCUCUUUAGAGAGUACAUUGGAGCUGAAGGGAAAGAUGUUAGAUUUUCCGAUGUACCUAUUAAUUCCAAAGUCGAAGUUCACUUCAUCCUCUCCUUUGCCAUUGAUUACACCUCAUCUUCUCCUCCUUCCCCAACCAAUGGUGAGUUCAAAGCAUAUUGGGACGAAAACAACCUUAACGCUUCGCAUGUUUUAUCCAUCAAAGCCCUCCAUUCAAAUGUCAAAGUAGCUAUGAGUCUUGGAGGUGAUACCAUAAGGGACCGGUAUGUAUUCUUCAAACCCAGAUCAAUCAACUCUUGGGUUACCAAUGCUAUUAGUUCGAUAACGAAGAUAGCAAGAGAGUAUAAUUUGGAUGGAAUUGAUAUAGACUUUGAGCAUUUCGAUGCUGAUCCGAAUACAUUCGCUGAGUGCAUUGGUCGCCUUCUUUCCUCCCUUAAGCAACAGCAGAUAGUGUCAUUUGUAUCAAUAGCACCAUAUGACAAUGAUUCUGUGCAACCAUAUUACUUGGCCCUAUGGAGGAAGUAUGGCCAUCUAAUAGACUAUGUCAAUUUUCAAUUUUAUGCCUAUGACAAGGGGACAACUAUUUCUCAAUUCUUGGAUCAUUUUGACACUCAGAGCUCUAAUUAUAGGGAAGGCAAGGUCUUAGUGAGCUUCGGUACUGAUGGAAGUGGGGGUUUGUCUCCUGAAAAUGGGUUUUUUGUUGCUUGUAGUAGGCUUAGACUUAACAACAAACUUCAUGGCAUAUUUAUAUGGUCAGCAGAUGACUCCAAGAAGACAGGAUUCCCUUAUGAGAAGCAGGCACAAACCUUCCUGGCCAACACAAAGUGA